CUUGGAAAAGUCUACCACAAGACAGAGGCACACAUGCAAACAAAACGGAGCACGGUAGAGAUCAAAUCGACACAAACUGGGAUCUUGCCGAGCUGCGUUUGAAGCGAGAAGGACACGAGAAACAGAAGUACUGGAGCUUUGUCUGGGAACAGUGACAGCAUGCUUUCCGAUGUCCUAUGUGUGGAGGAUUCGGGAGAGGGCAGAGGGCAUUUAAAGAGGUACCGGUGAGGCCAUCUGCAGGGAAAUGCGCUGACGUCAGAUAUUUGCAUUUCAGGAGGAGGAUGCAGUGAAUAUUCAAAAGAAGAGGGGUUUACAUAGAUCAGAGCAGGCUGUCAGUGUGGAGUAUUGCUGGAGGCUGCGGGGCUGCUGUGUGCUGUGGGAAGUUCUUGAGAGUGCAGAGUGGCAGUCAGUCACAGAGAAACUCUUGAACAGAAAGUGGACUGGCGCUCUUUCACGGAAAGGAUAUAAAAACGCAGCCUCACACAUCCGCCUCUUUGCCCGGGUGUGUUCGUUGUGGCUGCGCCUCAGGGAUUUGAAGGAGGAGGGCGUCUGGGGUCAGUGCUGGAGUGAUGGUGGUGGUGUGGCCGCCUCAGGAGUGGGCCUGCCAGGCACUUCUCCUGCUGACUGGACUGGCAUCACUGAGCUGUGGGUCUGAUGCCAACAUGUUGGACACCAUGCUGCUGAAGAACGGAUGGAAAGGGGGAUCGGAGCGAAGGUUGGAGGAGAGCAGCAGCACAGCCCCGGUUCCACCUCAGAACAUGCUUUGGUGUCACUGCUACCACCACUGCCCCGAAGACUCUGUCAACAACACAUGCAUGACUGAUGGUUAUUGCUUCACCAUGGUUGAGGAGGAGGAGGGGGGUCAUGCAGUCGUCACUGCAGGUUGUUUGGGUCUCGACGGCUUCGAGUUCCAGUGCAGGGACACGUGGAAUGCACGUUCGAGGAGAGCUCUCCAGUGUUGCACAGAUCAGGAUUACUGCAACAGAGACUUGUAUCCUACUCUUCCUCCACUCAUCACAACAGAUUACGUUGACAGCAGUAUCCAGUACAUGGCACUCUUCAUAUCAAUCACCGUCUGCAGUAUCAUCCUUGGUCUCAUCCUCCUCUUCUGCUACUUCAGAUAUAAGCGGCAGGAGUCAAGACCACGUUACAGUAUUGACCUGGAGCAGGAGGAGACGUACAUCCCCCCCGGGGAGUCCCUGAAGGACCUGAUCGAGCAUUCACGCAGCAUCGGGUCAGGCUCUGGGUCAGGACUCCCUCUACUGGUGCAGCGCACUAUCGCCAAGCAGAUUCAGAUGGUGAAGCAGAUCGGAAAAGGGCGAUACGGAGAAGUCUGGAUGGGCAAGUGGAGAGGAGAGAGAGUGGCUGUUAAAGUGUUCUUCACCACAGAAGAAGACAGCUGGUUCAGAGAGACUGAAAUAUAUCAGACGUUCCUAAUGAGACAUGACAAUAUAUUAGGAUUCAUAGCUGCUGAUAUUAAAGGAACCGGCUCAUGGACUCAGCUCUACCUUAUCACAGACUACCAUGAGAGUGGAUCUUUAUACGAUUACCUCAAGUCCAACACCUUAGACGUCAAGGCUCUGCUCAAACUGGCCUACUCGUCAAUAUCAGGCCUCUGUCACCUGCACACUGAGAUAUAUGGCACACAGGGCAAACCGGCCAUCGCACACAGAGACCUGAAGAGUAAAAACAUCUUGGUAAAAAAAAAUGGAUUCUGUUGUAUAGCAGACCUUGGACUAGCGGUCAAGUUUAAUAGUGACACCAAUGAGGUGGAUAUCCCUCCUAACCUACGGGUUGGUACGAAGCGUUACAUGCCACCUGAAGUGUUGGAAGAAACCCUGAACAGGACCUACUUCCAGUCUUUUAUAAUGGCUGACAUGUAUAGUUUUGGCCUCAUCGUUUGGGAGAUGGCCCGACGUUGCAUCUCUGGAGGCAUCGUGGAGGAGUACCAGCUGCCCUAUCAUGACCUUGUGCCCACUGAUCCGUCCUACGAGGACAUGAUAGAAGUUGCCUGCAUUAAGAAACAAAGACCUUCAUUUGCUAACCGCUGGACAAGUGAUGAGUGUCUAAGGCAGAUGGGAAAACUGAUGUCCGAGUGCUGGGCUCACAACCCGGCCUCUCGCCUCACAGCCCUGAGGGUGAAGAAGAGCCUGGCAAAGAUGUUAGAGACCCAAGACAUCAAACUGUGAGAGAGAGAGUGAGGAUCUCAUCACCAGAGACUUGUCACUGCCACUGGCACAGCGCCACUUACACUGGCCAAUGAAGGAAGGAGGGGAGAGACUGUGAACGAAAGGACAAAAGAAACUGACAGCGAGGAUAAGCAAUGAGGAUAACAGUCUGCUGGCAGCCCAAAAAAUGAGGGGCAAAAUAUUUAUUAUGUCAGGGGAGAUAUGCCCUUCCAUUGUCUGAGCCACCUCUGCCUCUGAACAAAUGUUCAGGUGUUGCUUUCUGUGAAAGCUGAGUGGUUGUCGCUUGCAAGAGAAGAGCACUAAAUUCCCUGUGAUUUGUUCUGAAUUGAGGAAGCUCCUGCUCUGCUCUUCUAAAGCAAUAUAGCAGUAUUCUAUGUGCAGUUUUUUUGUACUGUUACAGUUGCUUUCACACCGUCAAUUCCAUUCAUGGUGACUGUCAUCCAUCUUAAGGAAGAAAAACAUUGAUCAAAGACCUCAUUGUAAAUUAUAUAAUUUUGUGGAACAAAGCCGAGUAAGAAAAGUAAAUUAAUUAUAAAACAUAUGUCCAGCAGAAACAGAUUUUUUUUAUAAAUGUACAAUGAAUUUCAAUAUUAAAAAAAACCUCUGCCUAAACAUUUGUCAUUGAGGAAUUUGGAAAUUUGGAUUGUCCUUCAGCAUUAGCUGAGGCCUUGCUCUUUCUCAUCAUCUCUUCUUUCUGCUCACAAUUCAUUUGUACAUAAUCAAGCGGGAAUCUAUUGAUAAUUAUUACAUUGCUGGAUGUCAUAAUGUGUUUUUGAGGAUUUAUCUGUGUAAAGAAUAUUUCCCGUCCACUCUACCACUAUGGCAUGUGCCUUAUUUAAUCUGUACAUAUGUGAUUAAUGAGAGUGUAUGAGUGGAUCUGGAUGACAUUCCCCAAUAAAAACUAUUAUGUGUAUCAAA